CCGGCACGCGCGCCUCUCGCUGCCUAGCCUCCGUCCCGGAUCCUUUGCCGCAGCGUCAGCGCCGCCGCCGCCUCUUUUCCUCAUCCUCCGCCUCCUCGGCCUCUGCCUCCUCUUCCUCCUCCGCCCCCUCCUCCUCCGCCUCCGCCGCCUCCCCCGACGCGGCGCCCGGAGCCCGUGCCCAGCCCCCGGCCGCGCGGUGCCAUGCUGCCCCGGCGGCGGCGCUGAAGGAUGGCGACGCCUGUCCCUCCGCCCUCCCCGCGGCACCUGCGGCUGCUGCGGCUGCUGCUGUCUGGCCUCGUCCUCGGCGCGGCCUUGCGCGGUGCGGCCGCCCGCCGCCCGGAUGCAGCCGUCUGUCCUGGGAGCCUGGACUGUGCCCUGAAGAGGCGGGCGCGGUGCCCCCCGGGUGCACGUGUCUGUGGGCCCUGCCUUCAGUCCUUCCAGGAGGACCAGCAGGGGCUCUGUGUGCCCAGGAUGCGCCAGCCCCAGGGGGAGGGCUUGCCCCAGCCCAGACUGGAAGAGGAGAUCGACUUCCUGGCCCAGGAGCUAGCCCGGCAGGAGGCGGGGCACUCCAGGCUCACGGCCCCACCCCAGCCUGAGGGGCGACUGCGGCUCCUGGAGGCUGCAUCCACCCUGGGGCUCUCAGAGCGUGGCCGGGGCCCCAACCUGGGCCUCCCCUCCACGCGGGGAGCGCCCACGCCCCGCACCUCCUCCCUGCGCUCCACUGUGUCAUCUGGGCCUGUGCACAUGUCCCCGCUGGAGCCGCGGGGCGGGCGCGGUGACGGCCUUGCCCUCCUGCUGAUCGUGGCGUGCUCCGUGGCCGGCGCGGCCGCCCUUGCCGUGGCCGUUCUCUGCUGGUGUCGGCUGCAGCGAGACGUUCGCCUGACCCAAAAGGCCGACUAUGCGGCCCCGCAGGCGCCCAGCUCCCCAGCCACGCCCAGGAUCUCGCAGCCCGGGGACCAGCGGCUGGCGCACAGCGCGGAGAUGUACCACUACCAGCACCAGAGGCAGCAGAUGCGGUGCCUGGAGCGGCAUAAGGAGCCCCCCAAGGAGUUGGACUCCGCCUCCUCCGACGAGGAGAACGAAGACGGCGACUUCACGGUGUACGAGUGCCCCGGCCUGGCCCCGACUGGAGAGAUGGAGGUGCGGAACCCACUGUUCGACCACGCCUCGCUGUCCGCGCCCCCGCUGCAGUGACCCGAAGGCUGAUGCCCACCCUCUCGUGGAUGCGCGGCCCACGGGUGGGGAGGGGCAGGCCCCAGCCUUUGCCAUUAAAGAGACUGUGUCCUGACACGCGUGUGCUUGCGGCUGGGGCCCCGGGGCGGCUGGGAAGCCCUUGCCGGGGAGACUCCCCCUGCUGCCAGGGACCUUCUCUGCUCCUUGCACCUGCCCCCUCACAUCUGGACACCCCCAGUCGAGGGGAGGAAGACAACCCGAGAGACAAGGCAUGGAUUGGGAGUCCGGGAGACAAGCCAAUUAAAGUACAUUUCACAACUUUG